AUGACACGACGAAAAUAUGUUUCGCAUGAAAAUGCAACUGACCGAGGAAAAUUAGAUAGCGCUCGAAUUAAUUCACGACAAAAUCUAAAAGAUAAAUCAAUAAUAACACGUGUUAAAUGGUUUAUGUCUGAAUUUCUUGCUGUUACGGCUGCAGCAGCUGCUCGAAUUAUAUUUUCUAUACAUGGUAUCGCAGCUAUUUGGCGAGUAGCUUUAGUCUAUAAGCAAAACAAAUAUUGGUUCCAAGCUAUAACACUUUUUGGCAUACCAAUUGAAUUUUUUGUUACACUUUAUGUAAAUAAUGGUCAUGAAUGGAAAUGGUUUUGUCCGUCUGUAUUCUUUUAUUUAUGUACAGUUAUACCAAGUGUUUGGUUUCUUGAACUUGAUCUAGCUGAAAGACGAUCAAAUUUUAAUGUUACACAAGCACUUGGAUUAAUUCCAGUAGCACAAGGAAGUAUUAAUCUUGAUAGUGAAGAUACAUUACCACUUGUUCCAUGGAAAAUUCCAGCUGAAAUGUGGACACAAAUUGUUGAACAAACUCUUCUUCUUGUUCUUAUUAUUGGACGUUGGUUAUUACCUGUUGGUAAAACAAUGACACGAGAUCAACUUUCUCAAUUAUUACUUGUUUAUAUUGGAACAGCAGCGGAUAUUAUUGAAUUAUUUGAAGCAUUUAAAGAACCUGGUGUUCAACGUAAUUUAACAAUUGUUCAUCUUAUAUUAGUAGCUUGGUCAGUAAGUUUAAUGCAAUUUACACUUGUUGUUACAUCGACAAAAUCACGUAAAAAUCGUAGUGGUGGUUUUAAACAAACAGAUCCAAAAGAACUUGAAAAAUGUUUUAAUUGGCGAUUAUUUUGGGAAACUGAAUUAUGGGCUCUUUCAACAACAAUUCUUUUACAAGAUGGUCCAUUUCUUUGUCUUCGUCUUGGUUUAAUAAUUCAUUAUAAAAUUAUUUCACAAUCAAAUAUAUUUUUUACAACAAAAAAUUUUCUUGUUGUUCUUUUACAACUUUAUCGUGUUUGUGUUAUUAUAAUUGAACAGAAAAAACGUCAACAAGUAACUCAUUCAAAUGAAAAAAAACAACAACAUCAACUACCUGUUGUUCCUAAAAAAUCAACAAUAAAACGACAAGGAAGAACAGGUAAAAUAUUAACAAGAUCAGUUGGUAGUUUACCUGCACAAUCAAUUUCAAUGUCAAAUAUUCGUCCGCAUAGUUUUGUUAGUGAAACUGAUUCAAAUGAAUAUACAGAUCCUUUACCACGACGAAAAUGUUCUCCUGAAUCAUUUCCAAUUCCACCACCACUGCCACCACCUCGACCAAAAAUUCCACAUUCCAAAUCAUUAACAAUUGUUAGUUUAAAUAAUCAUCAAAUGUGUACAGCAGUAUAA